AUGAUUAGAUUAUGGAUAGUUGCACUGCAGUUUUCGGAGCUGAUUGUGAGCAGUAUCGUUCAUAUGCUCUAUGGGUUUUACAUAUUCAGCACAGCUGUGGCUGGUGAUCUAUCGCAGGCUUUGAAUGAAUUGCUCUCUAAGCCUAACAUGAACAUUGAGGUGAAAGAGGAGGUGGUGCCUAGAGACACAUCAACCAAUGAAAUUCUACCUCCUAUAGUUUUGGUUCAUGGAAUAUUUGGAUUUGGCAAAGGGAGAUUGGGAGCUUUAUCGUAUUUCGCCGGGGCAGAGAAGAAAGACGAAAGGGUUCUCGUGCCUGAUUUGGGAUCUCUAACCAGCAUUUAUGAUAGGGCUCGUGAAUUGUUCUAUUAUUUGAAGGGUGGGAGAGUCGAUUAUGGUGAAGAACACAGCAAGGCUUGUGGGCAUUCACAGUUCGGUCGUCUUUAUGAACAAGGACACUACCCUGAAUGGGAUGAGGACCAUCCUAUUCACUUUGUUGGGCAUUCCGCCGGAGCACAGGUCGUUCGUGUGUUGCAGCAAAUGCUUGCUGAUAAGGCUUUCAAGGGGUAUGAGAGCACCAAUGAGAAUUGGGUAUUAAGCUUAACAUCAUUGUCGGGAGCAUUCAAUGGGACAACAAGAACCUACUUGGAUGGGAUGCAGCCAGAAGAUGGAAGAACCAUGAAACCUAUAUGUCUGCUGCAGUUAUGCCGCAUAGGAGUGAUCAUUUAUGAUUGGCUUGACAUUCCCUGGCUGAAGGCUUAUUACAACUUUGGGUUUGAUCACUUUAACAUCUCAUGGAAGAAAGUGGGUGUUUGGGGUCUUGUUGAUUGCCUGUUGGGAAACUCAGGCCCGUUCGCUUCGGAUGAUUGGAUCCUCCCGGACCUUACAAUUCAAGGGUCUUUAAGGCUCAACAGCCAUCUACAUUCCUUUCCCAACACAUACUACUUCAGCUAUGCCACUAAGCGCACAAAGAAGAUAUUGGGUGUCACGGUACCUUCUAGCAUAUUUGGAAUUCACCCAUUGCUCUUCAUUAGAGUAUUGCAGAUGAGCCAAUGGCGUCACCCUCCUGAUGUCUCUUCCCCCUAUAAAGGCUACAGGGAUGAGGAUUGGCAGGACAAUGAUGGAGCUCUCAAUACCAUCUCCAUGACUCACCCUCUUAUACCAGUUGAACACCCGAGCCGUUUCGUGAAAGAUGAUUCAGAUUGCCACCCCUUGCAACCAGGCAUCUGGUACUACAAGAUUGUGGAAGCUGAUCACAUAUUCUUCAUUGUGAAUAGAGAGAGAGCAGGAGUUCAAUUUGAUCUGAUAUAUGACAGCAUUUUUGAACGAUGCAGAAAGCAUGUAUUUAGAAAAACGCCACAGACUUUACCAAACGAAACUCACCAUUAG